AUAAAGACUGAAGAAGUUCGAGGAUCUGGAGAAGAGCUGGAUCUAAAUUCUUCUCCUCGAGGUGAAGAAGGCCGUUCGGACCGCGAGUUCUCGGGGAGAAAUGAAGAGGUGCCCGUUCCGGGGCUACCUGAGCACGAGGUUAUCACUUCUCCUGAUCGCUGCCCGCAGGGAUCGGUGUACAUCAAUGGGGUGUGCCGGCCACUCACCCGAGGAACAACAAGAUGUUGAUCGCAGCAUUGAUUUUUGCUGAACCAUGAUUCUGAAUUCCAGUGGUCCAAAUACAUCUGGAUCACUAAUGGAGCUUUUGCAAUAUAACGCAUUGUGUAGCUGCUUCAGCCAAAUGUUACAUUCCAUUUUGUUAAUCAAUAAUCCAUUUGUAUGUAAACAUAUUAAACCGAUGUAAUAUAUUAUAUUCAAUUUGUAAGUGAAAAUAAUGUGAGCUUGGACAGUGCAAGAUUUCUUAGGAAUGUUUAUAAUUGUUCUGUCAGUGUUCAAAUUUAUUCU